UUGCGCCAAGCACAUUAAUAAAAGCAAUAGUUAGCAAGCUAAAAUGAUCCAAUAUUUAUUGUUUUGAAUGCGUUCAACGCACGAGAAGUGCCAGGCUCAAGUCAACCUCGUUUCUCGGUAACAACAAGUGAUUUUAGGAAUAUGCGUUACUUGGAAAUAGACAUGAUUAAAAUAUUUACUGGGAAAUACCCAUGGACACUCUGUAGCGGAAACUGAAGCAAAAAGAGAAAUUGUCUGAGAUCCUAAAUGAUUUGUAUUGACUCAUUUGACUGUAUUAUUGUGCAGUAUUGCUCGACCUGUGUUGGAUCUUUCUGGUUCACGCAAGGGUGGGCACAGAUGCCACAGAAAGGGAUAGCAAUUGUUUAAUUGUGUGAUACAAUUUUCGGGGAAAUACCAAUCUUGGAAACCCCCUCCGAAAGACUAUAUAUAUUUGAGGACAAAAAGCCGUUUUCUUAGAGAUCACAUCCGAUAUCACUUGCAAUAUACUGCUUAUUUUUCGUCAUGGGCUUAUACUUGUCUAGGUUGCUUGACUUGUUUUCAUCUGAUCAAUCUAUUGUACGCAAUGAUCACUCUGUUGUUGUUCGAAGUAAAGACGAGGCGCAGAGAGAAUUCGUUUUAGGAAUACAAUCGUUGGACAAGGCAAUUGAAGUGGUACGUAAAGCUGACAUUAGUGGAACAACGCCAGCAAGACGUAUAAAAGAAGUUGCCAAAAAUAUGCGUCGUCCCAUAAAUCAGGCCCACAAACACCUAACCUCAGCGAAGAAUUUUUGGGAGGCUGAAAAGGCACGUCAAUGUGAAGAGAUUGAGAGACGAAUAUCCACGAUUAACGGCGUUAAGAAUAUUGUUUCCGAAAGGAGAAUAAAAGUGGAACGCAUGAAUCACGAGCUUCAGGAUCUGGACAAGCAAAUUAGUGAUACCGAACGAAGUGUUAACCAAGCGCGUAGUUCACUAAACAGCGCCCAGAACAGUCUUAGAGAUGCAGAGAAAAAGUUAAGCGACAAAAAGAGCGAACAAGAUAUCGUCUUUGAAGCGAGAGAUGCAAUGUCAGCUGUUCCUGUAAUUGGAUGGGUUGCUAUGCCAACCAUGAUAAUGCCGGUAAGCCUCACAGUCACAGCACUCGAAGAUAAUGUCAAAUCAGCCAGAAGUGGUGUCUCUACGGCUGAGGACAAGGUGAGAGACUGCGAAAACAGAUUAGAGGCGAAGAGACACGAAAGAGACAACCUUCGUGAACAACUAGGAAGAGAAAAAGAACAGAAGGAGAUAGCCGAGCAAAAAUUAAGAAUUCAAGAACAACAAUUGCAAUAUCUUAACGAUGAGCUGCGAAGUUCUGUGGAGCUGAGCGAAAAACUGAUGAAAACGUGCCACGUCAUGACAGAGAUUUGGGGGAAAAGAGUGCUGAAAAACGAAACUCGUUUUUUGUAUUCAUUGGAUCCAUUGCUGACGCCACUGAAGGAGAUUGUUGGCAAGUUUACCCCAGAGGAACAGAGAAAGAUUAAAGAAAGCACUUUCUUGUUGUCGAGGGAAGUGGACUUCUCUGGCAUAUCGUUGAAACUGAGAGCUGUCGCUGAAGCAUCCAAUGGAGGUUCAGUCCAGGCAAUUUUGGAUCAAUAAACUUAACUUCAAUGGCUAUUGACUAUUAAAUACCAUGACUGAAAAAUAUUCAAAUAUUAAAUAUCAGAACAUAGACAUGCUACAGAUAUAUGACCCUCUGUUUGAGAAGCUUUGAAAAUUAUUUAGAAAAUAGUAUAAAGAAUAGUGUGGAAACAUUUCCAACUGGUGUAAACAUUAAACAAUUAGACCUCAUUUAGAAAGAUUUUUUCGUAUAUUAU